AUCCCAUCCGAGCCCCGGCGAAAUCGAUCGUAGCUCUGUGCCCCCUUCCUUCGCUUUCAAAAAAUCGCAUUUCUCGAGAGGGAAAGCAAAGAUCGUUUCCUUUUUCUCGUUCCAAUUCCGUUAUUUCAUCGAACCCUAACCCCCACCAAUUGCUUUUUGCGGGUCAAGUUUCGAUUCGAGUUUUCUAGGGUUUCGUAUCUGAAUCUGUGAAGAACAAAAGCCCUCUUUGUGGGUUUUCCCUUCAAGCUUCUGAAAACAGAGUGGUAUGGAGGCACAAAUUCAUCAACUUGAGCAGGAAGCUUAUACCGCUGUUUUAAGGGCCUUUAAAGCGCAGUCUGAUGCUAUUUCUUGGGAUAAAGAAAGCUUGAUAACAGAGUUGCGCAAAGAAUUGAGAGUAUCUGAUGACGAGCAUCGAGAGCUUCUGAGCAGAGUUAAUAAGGACGAUACUAUCCAACGGAUAAGAGAUUGGAGACAGGGAGGCGGAAGCCAAGUUACUUCUAGACAUGCAGCUAGUCAGGGUUUUGAUGUUGUCCCUAGUCCAACUUUCUCAGCUUCCCGGAAGAAGCAGAAGACAUUCCCAUCUUAUCAUCCAUCAAUUGGUCCAGCUGGAAAUAGGUCAUUCAAUAGCCGUGUUGUAUCCGGUGGCAUAGCAGGAGAUGGAUCUGCCGAAGCUCUUAUCGGAAGAAAAGUGUGGACAAAGUGGCCUGAAGACAACCACUUUUAUGAAGCAAUUAUAACCCAGUACAACGCAGUUGAGGGUCGGCAUGCGUUGGUGUAUGAUAUAAACGCAAUAAAUGAAACGUGGGAAUGGGUUGAUCUCAAGGAGAUACCACCGGAAGAUAUAAGGUGGGAUGGAGAGGAGAGUGGGGUAACUUUAAAUGCUGGACUUGGAAGUGGAUCAAUCCGUGGGAACCGAAUAAACCAAAGCCAUUUUGGUAGAGGGAGAGGACCAAGAAUUCAUCAACCGAGAAGAGAAUUUUUACCACCACCAACACAUCAGAAUGGUGGUGGUGAUGAUAUUGAACUAUUCAACACAGACUUGCUUGUGAAGGAGGUGGAGAGAGUUUUCGAUGCUACUCAUCCUGAUCCUUUUGAGCUUGACAAGGCAAAGAAAAUGCUCAAGGAACAUGAACAGGCGCUUAUGGCUGCCAUUGCAAGGCUUGCUGAUACUUCUGAUGGUGAAAUUGAUGGAGAUCCACCAUAUACGCAUGACCAUGCAAUGCAACAGGGGUGAUGGAAAAGCUGUAUGUAAACUUAUGAUGUUUGGUCGCCAAGGACUCUGGAUUCAUAAAAAGAAACAUUGCGCUCAUCUGAAAAAAGAAAUGGCAUGAGAGGUCAGGUCAGCAUCUCAGAAGAUGGAAACGAGUUAGUCUUUCUUCGUUUUAAGUUAUGGUUCACCAAAAAAUGUAUGAAAAAAAAAUUGUUAGGGUUGAGAAGUAGUAGGAUUCUGUUUGUAAGCACACAAGACAUUUUGGUUUUAGAGAAGUUUAACCUGUGACUAUGUUAGUCCACCUCCAAAGGGGUAAUCAGACGUGCCAUCAAAAUGCAUACAGUUUAUGUAAUCUUGUUAUUGUUUUGUUUUGUUUUUUUGUGUGUGCGCAAAUAGUUGAUACGGUGAACCAAACAUAGCAUUACACAGAUUACAAAAUCAAAAACAAAAGUCCCUUAUCUAAUGGAAAGAUUGGUAGAUGUGAUUCAAUGUUGUAAGAUUUGAAGAAGGAGCUAAGAAUGCAUUCAGAACAGCCGUAGGAGCUAAUCAUUUGUAAUAAA